AAAAAAAAAACCCUACCUUCGCGAGCGCACCUCACCGUACGUGUCGUGAACUUCGCUUCCUCCACCACUACCACAUCCUCCUCAAAAUUCUUAAGCACGACUCCAUCUCAAUUUUCAUUUUUUUUUAACUUUUCCCACUCGUUUGAGUCAUUUAACUCCCUUGAUCUCUCCCCUUUUUUCUUUUUGAGCUCUUACGAGUAGUAAUUUUUUUUUUAUUUCCAUCAUUGUUGUCGAAGGAAGCGAGGUGAAGAAGAAUCAAAUGAGGCCUACAAGCUUCGCUUGAGGAACACGAUGAUGGAGAUAGAAAUGCGGGCUUGGAUUCUGCCUGAAAGCAUAGUGAGAGCAUAAUGCAUAAAGAUUUGGGUGCAGGUGUAAAUGCAUCAUCAAACGCCGGCAUGGUAUUCAUUACCACUAGCCCUCUCUCUGAGCUGGUUUGGUCUCCACACAAAGGCUUGAGCCUUAGAUAUGCCGGUUCUGGUUUAGCUGAAAAUAAGGCUUCUCUUCUGUGGAAUACAGACUCGUUCAACGAAAUAUUCUCAUCACCGAAACAUACCGUUAAUGGGGAGAGUAGCCACAGCAGCCACAGUAGAGAUCUCUAUGGGCGGAAUUUGGAAAACAUGCAGUUAGAACCAAAUGGCCAGGACAAAAAUUUAAGAAGAUCAUCAAGUGUUGAUGUGCAACCAAGGCCUCUUAUAAAGUCAAGUGAGCAAGCUUCAAGAUCUUGUGGGGACCUAACCUUAUUGAACACAAUGGAAAACACUGCGAAUAAAAAGGGAGAGAAUCAACAGCUACAGAUAGAAGAGACAGGCUUAUGUUCUUUGAGAAAUAGGAAGGAAUGUGGUAUUAUCAAUGCUGGAAAAGAUAAAGCAGAUGCUGCUUCUAAUAAGAACUCUACUCCAGGUCCACAAAGCAAAGGUUUGAGCGCUGACUCAAUAUCUUGUCAUCAGAAAGAACUAAAUCCAGAUGCUGAACCAAAAGAAAUCCAGUGUGCAUCUACACUUAAAUUCCAACAUAACCAUCUUGAGAAAUUGAGUAGAACAAAGAAUUAUAAUGUAUCGGGCCUGGUAGAAAAAUCAGCUCAAGAAAAUUCUGGGUUACGAGGAAAUGCAAGUAAUGUAAGGUCAAAAUCGAGUUCCGUGUCUGCAAGUUUCAGUCAUAAUGAUUUAUGCAUAGGAAAGGCUGACGGGUUCACUGGAAAGCCGAUUGACUUUCAAACUAAUGGUAGACAGCAUUCAGGCGGCAUGCUAUCAAAAGAUUUGGAGAAUGGAGCUGAAGUUGGUGUUAAUGUGGUUUCACAGUCUCGAGAUACAAGUGAAAAUGAGGAUUUGCAGGCAAAUUUAUGCAAUCCAAGGGCUAAAAUUGUCAAAAAAGGUAAGGAGAAAGUUAUCUAUGAUGAAAAAGAUAACGAGAGCUUUCCAGAAGAAAGAGAGGACAGUCGCGAGAGUGUAGAAAGCAGUAACGGUAGAAGGUUGGUAUCAAAAGGAAAACGGGUGUGCGAAUCCGACUCAGAGAUAUAUUCAGAAUGUAAAAAGAUCAAAAAGGGAAGUGAUGGAAGUUCUUAUUCAGGAACUUUUCUCAGGAAGAAUAGCUCUUUUAUGAAUUGGAUAUCGACCAUAACUAAUGGUCCCUCGACGUCUGAUCAUCCUGCCACUUCUUUGGCACUUGUUCAACAAUCAUCAGAUAGUAAAAAUGGAAGCUUUGAUCCUCUUCCUAUCUCGCACAAAAAUGACAAGAGUACUGCUUGCGGAAUUGUGGGAUUUACCUCUCUAUUCCAGUCGCUUUACUGUCCAAGCAUCAUAACAAGCUCGAUGAAUGAUGAUCAUAAAAGAGAAGCUACUUGUUCGGAGAAACUGAAAUAUGUCUGUGAUGACUCCCAUCAUAAUAUUUAUCAGGCAAGCUGUGAUAGGUCAAACUUUAAUUUAAAUAGCACUGUCCCUGAAACGAGUGAUCAGCUGCAUAAUAACUUGAAAAAACUCCCUGGUGCCAAUGAAACUUUAGCAGUUGGUAGUAUUCAUUUUGUUUGCGAUCGUGAGGAUGAUAAAUUACAAAAUCAAGUUUCAGAUUCUGCUGAGAGGCUCCAUAAGAGUAUUUGCCAGCUAGAAAAUCCUCCACCAGCAGCAGUUGGUGUAUCUACUGUUAAAUGUACCGCUUUCGAACAAAAGGAGAACAUUGAGAGGGUUGGGAUGUUACACAAUAUGGGAUCUCCAAGCUCCUCAAAUAAGGAUGGUCCUGAAAUUGCCUGUUCUGUUCACAAGAGCUCUUCAAAUUUGGCAAUUAAUAACGGCAGUGGAUUCUUGGAAAGUUUUUGGAUAACUCGUCUUUUCCCUAAAAUUCCUCCUAUAUCAUCGGAGCCAGCACCUUGCAAUCUGGGCAAUGAAUUAGCUAUGGAGAGACUGAAAGAGAGAACCAAUAUGUUAUGUUCUUCAUCUAAUGAAGACGCUGCUUUGGUAACCGAGCAAAACAAACCAGAUAACUGCUCUGUCCUUAACCAAGAAGGCCAGAGGAGUUUUUGUGACAUAAUGGACCAAAAGCUGAUGUCUAAUUUAAGUCCAAUAUCGUCCUCCCAGAAUUUUAGUAAGUCAGAAACAAUCGCUUCUCUUUUUGCGAAGAGAUUGGAUGCCCUUAGGCACAUAAAACCAUCGUCAAGUUCAUGUAACAUAUCACCUGAAACAUCACCCUGCUUCUUUUGUGGCUGGACAGGUGAAAAUUCAAAAGAAUGCUCGGAAAAAAUUAAUACUAAUCUUGAUAUACCCCUGGAAACCUGGCCUGUUGCAUGCCUACAAGCAUCCUCAAAAGGCAAAAAUAUUUUUGAUAAUUCUUGCACUGUUAAUAAUGGGAAUCAUGAAAAGAUAGAGGAAAAAAUAGAAUCUCAAAGUCCUUCUAGUCAUGAUGGAAGGAUUAUUUUGUGGUCCAAAGAUAAACAAAAGGAUCAACGGCAUGCUUGUUUGUAUACAGUUAAUCAAGGAAGAGUAGGAAAACAAACUAAACUUGCAGUUCACGGCGUAGAUUCAAAAGCAGUUACCGAGAAUCUGGGGGAAAAAAUUGUCAAGUUUAAUCAAAUGGCCUCAAAUUCUUCGCAAAACAAGUCAAAUGGAUAUCAAGUUCAACCAUAUUGCAAUUUGUCGUCUUGUGGAAUAACCGAUGAAACAACUGCUAUUUUUGAAGCUUUAAGGCAGCUUCAAUUGUCUCAGACAGCUGUCAUCAGAUGGCUUAAAUCACCAAUAACUCAUGUCGCCCUAGAUGGUUUUUUCUUGCGCCUACGAAUUGGGAAGUGGGAGAAAGAAUUAGGAGGAACAGGAUACCGUGUUGCACGCGUUAAUGGUGCAACUUGUGAUAACUGCCUUUCUGUUAGUGUUGGAGAUUUCACAUGCUCAGUCGAUUGCCGCUUUGUGUCUAAUCAUGACUUCCUUGAGGAUGAGCUCAGGGCCUGGUGGUCUGCUGUGCUAAAAGGCGAUUGCGAACUACCGUCGAGAGAAGAAUUGAAUAGGAAACUCAGAGAGAGGGAGUUGGUUGGUUGAUAGUAAUAGAUGAUACAACUAUUUGAUGCUCCUUUUUCUAUCCAUUUGGCGAGUUUAAGAAUUCGGUUUCCUUCUGAAGGAAAAUGGGGUCAUACAGAGUUGCACGACUCGCCCUCAAUUGUGCAAGAAUCACAUUUAACUGACUGAGAUAGCUCAAAAUAAGUUGAUAAUUCGGAGUUGUCGCCGGCCGUCGUGUUGUAUUGUGAUCUACUGUGAUAUGUUUGUGUGUGUGUAAAAUGAGCUGAUAGAAUACCAGUGAUAGUAUCUUUGUAUAAAGUAGAUCUUGAUACAAAAAUUUGUUUCUGGCGAUUCCUUUCAACACUGUAAUUUUCUAAAACAAAUAAUUUUUGACAUGUUAGAAGUAAAAUUUGUUAAAAUUCACAA